UUAGGACGACAAUAUGAAGAAAGCGUCUUUCUCUUCCGACGAGUCGACCUCAAAGUUUGUUAUAUAACACACACACACACACACACACACACUCUCUCUCCCUCUCUUUCGCUCUGUAACCACAUUCUCCGAUGCAAUCACCUCGACGCCGCUCUGUUGAUUUGGAAGCUGGCUUUGCCGGCGAUGAAGGCGUGACACAGGAAAUGGCGGUGUUUCACGACGGCGGCGUUGUUACUGAGUCCCGGAACCCCUUUCGACGCUUUAGAAGUGCUGUGCUUGCGAUUACUGCAACAAGGCGUUUUAAGAUUGUGUUGGAUUCUAAAAAGGAUUCUGAGAGAGAAGAAGUCUGCGGAUCUCAUGAUCAUCAAGCUACUACAAGGGCUGCUGCACGGCUUCUAUAUCAGUCAGAAGAACCAGUACAAGUUGUUGGAAUUGAAAUCCCAGAUGAGUUUGGUGGCAUCAAACUGGAGGAAUUUGUUUCUUCCAUCUCUCGUGAUGAUGGUCUACGUGUUCUGAAGCUUUGUGAUGGGGUUACAGGAUUAUCACGUCUGUUGCUCACUGAUCUAGAGAAGGGUAUCUGUGGUAGUCAUGAAGACAUACAGAGACGAAGGGACAUAUUUGGAUCUAACACUUAUCCUUUGAAGAAAGAAGGCAACUUUUGUAUGUUUCUCGGGGAAGCAAGCCGAGGUUUUACUUUGAUUGUAUUGGUGUUUGCGGCAAUGGCUUCUCUGCUGCUGCAAAUAAAAACUAAGACUAUCAAUCAUGGAUGGUAUGAAGAAGCUGGCAUCAUAAUUACAGUGAUCCUUGUCAUCUUUGUGACAGCUAUCAGUAAUUACAACCAGUCUCUUCAGUUUGAAAAGGUGAAUGAUGAGAAGAGAAAAAUAUGUAUCGAGGUUACUAGAGAUGGAAGACGGGUCAAAGUUUCGAUCUAUGAUAUAGUUGUUGGCGAUAUUAUACCUCUUAAAAGUGGUGACCAGGUGCCUGCAGAUGGUGUCUUAGUUUCUGGGUAUUCACUUCAGAUAGGCGAAUAUGAAACCAUGGGAACUAACAAAACGGUUAACAAAGAUACAGAUAUAGAUCCAAUUCUAAUAUCCGGAUCUAUAGUGGAAGAUGGCAUCGGUACCAUGCUGGUUACUCGUGUCGGGAUGAACACCCAGUGGAGGAUGCCGAUGGCUUCUAUUCCACUAUAUACUGGUAGACAGACACCGUUGCAGGUGUAUCUGAACCGAGUUGUAACUGCAUUUAGCCUAAUCAGUAUCUCGGUUGCUUUGGUUGUUUUUCUUAUCGAGUCAUGCCUAUACUUCAUGGGACGAACCAAAAAUAAAAAUGGUAGUCCGUUUGUUGCUGGGAAAACUACGUUAGAUGAAGAAAUAGACAUGGUGAUUAAGUUUGUAAUUUUGGGGGUUACCAUUGUAGUGGCGGCAGUGCCUGAAGGAUUGCCAUUAGCUGUUACCUUGAACAUUGCCUAUAUGUCGAGAAAACUUGGAGGAGAGAAAGCUUUGGUGCAAAAGCUCUCUGCCUGUGAAGCGAUGGGGUCUGCAACAACGAUUGUAUGCCACAAGACCGGGACUUUAACCUUAAAUCAGAUGGAGGUUGUUGAUGUUUGUGCCGGAGGAGUACGACCGCAGAAUUUGGAUACUAUGUCAGAGUUGUCUCCCCUUCAAAUCUCGUUGAUCGCCGAAGGAAUUGCCCUGAACACGAAUGGGAGUGUAUAUCAUCCUGAGGGAGGGUCUGAAGACUCUGAACCAGAGGUCUUUGGAUCAGCAACAGAACGUGCCAUUCUUAAUUUCGGUGUCAAGCAGUUAGGAAUGAAUUUUGACGAAAUAAAGUCAAAAUCAACAAUUUUUCGCGUUUCACCUUUCAAUUCAAGCAGAAAACGUAGAGGUGUUGCAGUCCAAUUGCAUGAUUCUCAAGUCCGUGUUCAUUGGAAAGGUGCUGCCAAGGCUAUUCUAGCUUUUUGCGAGGGGUAUAUGGCCAGAGACAACAUAGCAUCUAUGGACCAAGAAAAGAUAUCUCAAUUUGAAAAUAUCAUUGAUGAUAUGUGCAACGAAGGAUUGCGCUGUGCUGCCCUUGCCUACCGAAAUUAUCCUGAAGGAGAUAUUCAUAGGAACGAAGCAUUCACAAAUAUACCUGAAAGCAACCUUGUUUUGUUGGCUAUCAUUGGUAUAAAGGAUUCUUGCCGACCAGGCAUAGGAGAUUCAAUCGAACAAUGUCGUAAUGCUGGAAUAAAGGUGUGCAUGGUGACAGGCGACGACCUUCUGACUGCCAAAGCAAUAGCGAUGGAGUGCGGGAUACUGACAGCAACAUCAGAUAUAAAUACAACAAUCUUAGCAAGCAACUUUUCUUCGAUGUCAGAUGCAGAAAGAGAAGAAAUUGCUGAAAAUAUUCUAGUGAUGGGUCGAUCUUCUCCUGAAGAAAACCACCUUCUACUUAAAGAACUGAGAAAGAAGGGACACGUGGUUGCAGCAACUGGAAAGGGAAUCCGCGAUGCUCCGAGCUUGCGCCAGGCGGAUAUCAGUCUUGCAAUGGGCAUUGGAGGGACUGCAAUUGCUAAAGAAUGCUCUGAUAUCAUUGUGUUGGAUGACAAUUUUGCUUCGAUUCUCACGGUCAUCCAAUGGGGACGAUCUUUAUACACAAAUAUUCAAAGAUUUGUUCAGUUCCGGCUAACAGUCAGCGCAUCAGCUCUAAUUAUAUGUGUUGUUGUGGCGAUUCAUUCUCAUGAAAUUCCGCUAAAUGUUGCCCAGCUUCUAUGGGUCAAUCUUCUCAUUGAUACUUUUGGAGCGUUGGCCUUGGCAUCAGAACCACCUAUUGACAACUUAAUGCGACGGUCGCCAGUUCGUAAAGGAGCACCCUUUAUAACCAAACUCAUGUGGGCGAAGUUUGUCUUACAGGUUGCUUACCAAGUGACUGCAUUGCUUCUUCUAAACUUUCGUGGAGAGAGUAUACUGAAACUGGAGAACAAAAGUGUAGAUCAUGCUUACAAAGUCAAGAACACACUUGUUUUCAAUUCCUUUGUCUUCUGCCAAGUGUUUAACGAGUUUGAAUGUCGGACUCUUGACCAAACAAAUAUGUUCAGUGGAAUCUUGAAAAACCAUUUGUUCCUUGGAACAAUUAUUAUAACUGUUAUACUUCAGGUAAUCGUGAUAGAAUGCCUUGGCAUUUUCAUUUCCACAGUCAGGCUUGACUGGAAGCAGUGGCUGAUCUCCAUUGGAAUCGGAUUUUUCAGUCAAGUGGCUGGUCGCUUUCCUUUCCAAGCUUUUCCUUAUCUCCGGAACUAAGAUUCUUCUUAAACACCUGUAAACCUUAUAGUGUUUGGAUACUUCUCCCGACCGUUGAUCAUAGUUUCGACUUAGCAAGUAAUAGUAGAUUUCGAUUUUCUAUGUAAAUAAAAUAAAUAUAAACAAAAAAAAACGAAAAGCACAUAGGUGCAUUUGUGUUGUAACUUGUAAGCGCUUCGAAGUAUAUAUAAUC